AUGGAUGCAUUAGGUCUUCUCAAAAUUAGGGUUCGAAGAGGAAUUAAUCUUGCUGUACGUGAUGCAGCUAGAGGUAGCAGUGAUCCUUAUGUUAUUAUCAGCUGUGGCGCCCACAAAGUUAAGACUAGUGUUGUGAAGAGCAAUCUCAACCCCGAAUGGAACGAGGAGUUGACCAUUUGCAUUAAGGAUCUGAAUGUUCCUAUCGUUCUAACGGUGCAUGACAAAGACACAUUUUCUCUGGAUGACAACUUGGGAAAAGCAGAAAUAGACAUCAAACCUUACAUAGAAUGCUUGAAGACUGGAUUUAAAGGAGUCUCAGAUAGAAUUACAGUUGAAAGAAUUCAACCAAGUGAGGAAAAUUGCUUGUCAGAAGAGAGCUGUAUUAUCUGGAAAGACGAGAAAAUGACACAAGACAUGACUCUUAGGUUGCGAAAAAUUGAACGCGGUGAAAUAGAGCUCCAAAUUGAAUGGAUUAAUCUUCCUGGUUGUAAAGGUCUUCCCAACUGA